AUGAAGUUCUCCGUCAUUGCUUUGGCCUUGGGCCUGGUUUCUCUCGCUUCAGCGCGCAGGAGCCCUCAGCAUGUAGGCAAGAAGCUCCCACAGCUCAAGAGAUCCCCGGCGCCUCACCCGCAUCCUGUCGUGCCGGAGCUCGAGAAGCGAGCGGCACCGCACAAGUUCUUGAACAACGCGACCAAGAAAUUUGCGGUCAAUGGCACCGGCAUUCCUGACGUGGACUUCGAUGUGGGCGAAUCCUAUGCCGGUCUUCUGCCUAUCUCGAGCGAGAAGAAUGCGUCGGAACUCUAUUUCUGGUUCUUUCCUUCGACAAACCCGAACGCGACCAACGAGAUCCUGAUCUGGCUGAACGGAGGUCCUGGGUGCAGCUCCUUGGAAGGGCUCUUGCAAGAGAACGGACCUUUCCUCUGGCAAUACGGCACCUUCAAACCAGUGCGCAAUCAAUGGUCGUGGACAAACCUGACCAACGUGGUGUGGGUUGAGCAACCUGUUGGCACUGGCUUCAGCCAGGGCACCCCGACGGCAACGUCCGAGAAAGAUGUUGCUUCGCAGUUCCUUGGCUUCUUCAAGAACUUUGUCGAGCUUUUCUCGAUGCAAGGCUACACCGUCUACAUCGCAGGCGAAUCCUAUGCAGGCUACUACGUUCCUUACAUCGCGGACGCCAUGUUCAGCGCCAACGACACCGAAUACUACAACAUUAGCUCGAUCUUGAUCAACGACCCGAGCUUGAGUUACGAUGUCGUGCAAGAACACAUUCCGGUGACCGCCUUUGUCGACUAUUGGCUUCCGCUCCUCGACCUCAAUGCCAGUUUUGUCCAGCAACUGCAUAACAUGUCGGAUGCCUGUGGAUACACUGCCUUCAUGGAGGAGAAUCUUGUGUUCCCUCCCAAGGGACCCUUGCCGACCCCGCCGAAUGCCGAUCUCAGUGACGACUCUUGCGAUACCUUUGAUGCGGUCUUCUUCGCUGCAUCAGCCAUCAACCCAUGUUUUGACAUCUAUCAGGUGGCGACGACAUGUCCACUGCUGUGGGACGUGCUCGGUUUCCCCGGCUCUUUCGGCUACACCCCUGCGGGAGCCUCAGUUUACUUCAACCGCACUGACGUGCAGAAGGCUAUCCACGCUCCUCUGCAAGAGUGGGAGGAGUGCACGGAUGAGAACGUGUUUGUCAACGGCACGGACAACUCGCCGCCGUCUGCUCUGAGCGUCUUGCCUGGCGUGAUUGAAAGCGCUGACCGUGUCAUCAUCGGCCACGGUAUUCUCGACAUGAUCCUGCUGUACAACGGCACUCUGCUUGCCAUCCAGAACAUGACCUGGAACGGUGCCCAAGGUUUCUCGGCUCCGCCCUCGCACUUUGGUGACAUGUACGUCCCAUACUACACCGAGUUUGACUCCGAACUGGGCUCGACUGCUGGGUCGGGCUUCAUGGGCAAGUGGCAUACGGAACGAGGAUUGACCCUCGCCACGGUGGAACUUUCGGGCCACAUGAUCCCACAAUAUGCACCGUCUGCGGCCUACAGAAUGCUUGAGUUCUUGCUGGGCCGCAUUCCAAGCUUGGGGACCGUUGGGCCGUUCACCACGCUCCAGAGUACGAGCUACUGA